AUGCAAAAUAAUGAUCCAGCACAUGUCAGUACUGAAAUUCCACACCGUGGGAAAUGUGAUGUGAAUUCUGAUUCAAAGGGAAGUUUUUUUGCUGACCAGUUUGAGAAUAUGGCAAACUAUCGAGCACAUUAUGAAUGGACUGGUCCUGAGAUAUGGAAACAGACUAAAGGGAACCUGCAUGCCUUUGUUGCAGCAGCUGGUACUGGUGGUACAAUUGCUGGAGUCUCACGAUAUCUUAAGGAAAAGAACAGGAGCAUCAAAUGCUUUUUAAUGGACCUUCCCGGAUCUGGUCUGUUCAAUAAGGUUACCAGAGGGGUGAUGUACACAAAAGAGGAGGCCGAGGGAAAACGGCUUAAGAACCCUUUCGAUACUAUUACUGAAGGAAUUGGAAUCAAUAGGGUUACUAAAAAUUUCAUUAUGGCGGAACUGGAUGGAGCUUAUCGAGGAUCGGAUAGGGAAGCUGUUGAGAUGUCAAGGUUCUUGCUGAGAAACGAUGGACUAUUUGUUGGGAGUUCUUCAGCCAUGAAUUGCGUUGGCGCUGUAGGAGUUGCUCAAGAUUUGGGUCCAGGGCAUACAAUUGUGACAAUUCUUUGUGACAGUGGGAUGAGGCAUCUAAGCAAGUUCUUCAAUGAGCAGUAUUUGGCUGAUCAUGGAUUGACACCAACAGCUACUGGUCUGGAAUUUCUUGAUAAAUGA